AUGUCACCACACCCUAAAGGUCCAGUAGUGGUGUCACCACACCCUAAAGGUCCAGGUGUGGUGUCACCACACCCUAAAGGUGCAGGUAUGAUGUCACCACACCCUAAAGGUCCAGGUGUGAUGUCACCACACCCUAAAGGUACAGGUAUGAUGUCACCACACCCUAAAGGUCCAGGUGUGAUGUCACCACACCCUAAAGGUCCAGGUGUGAUGUCACCACACCCUAUAGGUCCAGGUUUUGGGUCCGGUGACGGCAGCAGAAGCGAUAUCAGCAUCGAGGAUGAAUAUCUUGUGCCCGAUGGUGUAGAUGAUGCUUACGUGCCCCCCUUUGAGGGGUCCGGAGAUGGGGACGGUCUCACCAGGGGCCCCCCACCAAUACCCCCUCCUCCCCCCACCUACGAUUCUGAAGAUCCUGGAUGUAGCACUGCCCACUGCUCUGAAGAGCUCAUCCAUGGCUGCCAACAUUUUGCUUGGACCAGAACCACGUACCCAAGUUUCUUGGGCCAGAAUUAUUCAGUUGCUAGGACCUUAGGCGAAGCAUUACUGCAUGGCGUCGAAGCCGUUGGAUGCAGCGACAUUUUCACGUUCCUAGUGUGCACUUUGUACUCUCCUCCUUGUAUACCUGGGACUCCAAGACCUUUACCUCCAUGUAAAUACCUUUGUGAUCACGCAUUCGAUGACUGCAAGAGUAGGAGGCUGGAAUACCAUCUGCAGUGGCCCAAUGAAGCCUUCACAUGUGAACAGCUUCCUGAUAUUGACGAGGAGGACGCUCCGUGUCUCGACUUUGACAGAGGCAACUUUGUCUUGCCAGAAUCUCUGAACAACCACUGCCCGCAGUAUUACAAAGAACCUGAUGUUGAUUACUCCGAUCCUGACUAUGACUAUGACGAGAAUAAUGAUACAGUGGAGUAUUCCAGUGAAGUAAUAGAUGACUACUAUACGAAAUUCUACGCAAAUUUCACUACUUCCUUACCAACUACUUCCACUACAACGAGACAGCCUCGUACAACUCCCAGCCCGUUUACCACGAAAACAUCAAGUACCACACCAAGGACCACAACAAGUGUAUUCAUUUCUUCCACUCAUCCUGCAACAACUUCCUAUAAAGAACCUCGGUCCCGUCCACAUUCUACGCCUGCUUCGACAUUAGACUACUACGGGUCUGGAAUGGUACAGGGGAUCCAUACGGAUGGAUCGUUGUACACGGAAACUGACAUUGAUGACGAUGACAGCUCGGGAUGGGGAAAAGAGGAUGAGGUUGGCAGUGGGGAUGAACCAGCAACUAACACCGAAGAAGAUUUGUACUUUGAUCGAGACCAAAAUUAUGGUACAAUAAAUGAAGACCACACGGAAUCAUCAGGCUCUAGCGAAAAUGUCUUGAUAAAUUCCGAAGAUACCACUGAUGCUCCUGCUACUACUUUUACUUCUUCGGUUCAAGAUUUGGCUUCUACCACAUCCUACGCUGAAACCACUACUACUUCAGAGGUACAUUCGCAUCCAUUUACUCCAAGAAGCAGUACAUCUACUCCGCCAGUUUCCGUCUCGCAUUGGACCCCUGCAACUCCUUCAGUAUCUGCCGAAAAGGUUGAUGCUUCAGGUUCACCUGAGGAUUCUCAGCCCAGCCAUCCUUUCCCUCCUGCAUAUCCUGCUGUGGUUCCACCAGUCCUGAUCCACUUCGCUCCUCCGGUCACGGCGGUACCCCACAACCCCGUCACCAGCUCGCCUAACCUCGUGCGGGAAAUCACCGACGAUUUUGACUUCUCAGGAGUUGUCGGCUUGAAGGGAGAGAAGGGGGAGCGAGGGCUGCCUGGCCCACCAGGGCAGUCAAUAAGAGGCCCUCAGGGGCCCUCGGGCCCUCCUGGCCCACCCGGCACCUCCUUCUUCGGGGACAUGGGCCCCGGGGGCGAGAAUUUUAUGGGCGGCGAAUGUUCCUGCAACGACACAGCCAUCCUGGAGAGGCUGGUGACCAAGGUGCCCGACACCCUGCGGGGCCCACGGGGCCUGCCCGGGUCAUCGGGACCAAUAGGUCCAGAGGGUCCAGCUGGGAAAGAUGGCAUGCCUGGGCUUGCUGGGCCACGGGGCCCUCCUGGGCAGUCUGGGCCCCGCGGGGACGUUGGAGAAAGGGGCCCCGAAGGCCUGCCUGGGCCCAAAGGGGAGCCUGGACUGGACGGGAGGCCUGGGCCGCCUGGGUACCAAGGCCCACCUGGGCCUCCUGGGCAGCCUGGCUUCGGAGGCGCUGGUGGAUUUGAUCCUCACUGGAAACCUCGCACGAUGUUCAAGAUGAAUGGAGGGUUGGAUAGCAUGCCGGCCCGGCCCGGUCCCCCCGGUGCCCCUGGAGAGAAGGGGGAGCGGGGGUACAUGGGGGAGACCGGGGAGCGAGGGUUCAGAGGCCCCAAAGGGGAGCGGGGUUACCCCGGCCUUAAGGGCAAGAAAGGAGACAGGGGCCACACGGGGCUGGAUGGCCUCCAUGGCCCCAAGGGGGAGAGGGGGAGCCCUGGGCUAGACGGUCAACCUGGCGUCCCCGGCAACAAGGGCAGCGCCGGGCAAAAAGGCGAACCUGGGGAACGGGGGCUGCGGGGCGUGGGGCUGCCUGGGGCCCCCGGUCCAGCUGGCGGACUGACCCCCGCGGCGGAGGCGGAGGUGGUACGUCGGGUGCUGGAUGUGCUGGAGGGGCGCCAUCUGGGCGAUCCAGGGGACGCUGGACUCCAGGUGUGGGACAGACGGGGACCAAAUGUUACGCAUCCCUGGACCGACGACGAGGAUUUGCUGCAGGAAGGCUCCGGCUUUUCCUACACCCCUUUUGUCCCCGCCGGAGGAGGUGGAGCUGGUGCCCGUGGCCCCGUGGGCCCUCAAGGGCCUCCCGGUCCCCAAGGCCCCACUGGGCCCCCGGGACCUCAUGGACUGAUGGGCCCUCCUGGCCUCACUGGGGAGAAGGGCGAGCCCGGCAUCCCGGGCCAACAUGGCCGCCACGGCAACCCGGGCCCCAAAGGUGACGUGGGCCCUCCUGGUCCACAUGGGGCCCCGGGUCUCAAGGGGGCUAUGGGGAGUCCUGGUAAGAAGGGGUCAGAUGGGCCCCCGGGUCCCCCUGGGGCCAUGUCCUUCCCCGACGGCAAGGCUGUCACCAUCAUUAAGGGUGACAGAGGCCAGAGGGGCAAGAGAGGCAAGCCUGGUCCCCCAGGACCCCCUGGACAGAAGGGGGAGCAUGGCUUCCCUGGCUGGCCGGGUCGACCUGGACCCAUGGGGCCCGAGGGCCCACCUGGGCCUCCUGGGUACGGGUUGCCUGGGCUUCGUGGAGAACCUGGCCCCGCUGGGCCUCCUGGACCACCUGGGCCACCCAGUCCUCCUAUUUACCUGCUGAAGUGUGUCAGUCCGCCUGGACCGCCUGGGCCACCUGGGCCCCCGGGAGGGUCAACCGCCGGGGGGGCGCCCAGCAUGGCCCCAGGGGCCGUGACCUUCACGGACCGACAAGCUAUGUUGAAGAUGACCGCGGCGACGCCUGUAGGCGGCCUGGCCUUCCUGAUGGACGAGGAGGCCGUCCUCGUCAGGGUGGCGGACGGCUGGCGCUUCUUGCAGGAGGAGGCGGAGCUGGUGCCCGUGGCCCCGUGGGCCCUCAAGGGCCUCCCGGUCCCCAAGGCCCCACUGGGCCCCCGGGACCUCAUGGACUGNGUUUAUACUUAA